AUGGUGCUCAAGACCAAACUCACUGAAAUGCUUGGCAUUCAACAUCCCAUUGUGCAAGGUGGCAUGAUGUUUGUUGGUACUGCCGAGAUGGCUGCUGCAGUGUCGAAUGCUGGUGCUUUGGGUAUUAUUACAGCGUUGACGCAACCUACGCCUGAAGCCUUACGUCAAGAAAUCCGUCGUUGCCGUACCAUGACCAAGAACCCCUUCGGCGUUAACCUGACACUACUACCAGCGAUCAAUCCGCCUCCUUAUGAAGAGUAUGCCAAGGUGAUUGUAGAAGAAGGCAUCAAGAUUGUCGAGACGGCUGGCAAUAACCCCGGCAAGUUUAUCAAGAUGUUCAAGGAUGCUGGUAUUAUUGUGCUACACAAGUGCACAGCCAUUCGACAUGCUCUCUCUGCACAAAAGCUUGGUGUGGAUGUUAUUUCCAUGGAUGGAUUUGAAUGUGCUGGUCAUCCAGGCGAAGACGAUAUUGGUGGAUUGGUGCUAUUAGCCAAGAGUGCACGUGCUUUAUCCAUUCCUUAUAUUGCUUCGGGUGGCCUUGGUGAUGGUCGUGGAUUAGCAGCAGCUUUGGCAUUGGGUGCUGAAGGCGUUAAUAUGGGAACACGUUUCAUGUGUACUGUGGAGUCACCUAUUCAUCAAAGUAUCAAGGAAGCCAUGGUCAAGGCUGAUGAAAGAUCGACAACGCUUGUGUAUCGACCUUUUCGAAAUACGGCAAGGAUUUUCAGAAACUCAGUGGCUGUUGAAGUGAACGCUCGUGAACGUAAGCCGAAUGUCAAGUUUGAGGAUAUUCGUGAAUUAGUAGCUGGUGCACGUGGACGUGUUGUCUUUGAGACUGGAGAUCCAGAAUAUGGUGUAUGGACAGCAGGUCAAGUCCUUGGCCUUAUCAAUGAUAUUCCUACGUGUGAGAAUCUUGUCAAACGCAUGGUCGGUGAUGCCGAGAGUAUUAUCAGGGAUCGAUUAGACGUAAUGGUACAACAGCCUUUUGAGAAUAGCAAGCUCUAA